UCCGAGGAGUAGACAGAAGUGCUGUAGGAUUCUACAACUCUUCGCUGCAAUUAAUUGGAUAAACACACAACUUUUAUGUGCAAAUAUUUGGCUUGCUUAUAAGCUAUCUAUCAUUCGCUACGCAGACAUUAUUUUCAAAGCAGGUAAAAAGCUUUAAAUAUAAGCUGUAUCCUGAUGGAGACAUCAGUCAGCAAUACUUCUUGGGAAGAUGAAGCAAAGUCAGAUGAAGCUUCUUCCAGUGAAGAAAGUGAACAUGACAACAAGAGUGAUUUUGGAGAAGAGGAAGAAGAGGAGGAGGAAGAAGAAAGCAGGGAUGAGGAUGCAUCUGACGGUAUGAUACAAGACAAUGCCUCUGAUGGUAUGGUACAAGACAAUGCCUCUGAUGGUAUGGUACAAGACAAUGCCUCUGAUGGUAUGAUACAAGACAAUGCCUCUGAUGGUAUGGUACAAGAUAAUACCUCUGAUGGUAUGAUACAAGACAAUGCGUCUGAUAGUGUGAUACAAGACAAUGCAUCUGAUGGUAUGAUACAAGACAAUGUGUCGCUUUCAAAAGAUAUCGAGGAUAAUGUACCUGAGGAAAAUGCAUCAGCUGAUGAUAAGAUCUUGUUUGAUAACAGUGACAAUGCUGACACAAGUUGUGAGAAAGAUGAUGAUAGUUUUGCUGAGGAUAAUGAAGAAUUAGAUGAUGUAAAAAAAAAGGGAGCUACGGAUGUAGGUAAUAAUUCGUCAGAUGUUUUCAAUGAAGCUGAAGUAACUGAGUGUAAUGAAGAAAAACAAGAUGUAGAUGAUCCUAAUACUGAUGAAGUUGAACAAAAUAAUUUAGCUGAUUCAAGCAAUGAAGAAGGAUUUGGUGGGAAUUCUUCAAAUGAAAAUUUGUCUGAGUCAGAGCUUAAAGCAACAUCAUCAGUACCUACAUCUAGCAAUGAUAAGGAUAAUGAUGUUAAAGAAGUUGUUGAAAAUUUAAAGCAAACUGAACCUAAUUUUGAUACGGAGAAUGAGCAAAAUGCUAAUGAAGACAGUGUAAAAAUUAGUCCAAUUGAACACAGAUUAAGUGAGAAGAGAAUAGUUAAAAUCCGUGAUAGUGGUAGUCUUCCACAACCAUCUCUAUCAGAAGAACACGUGGAGUUGGAUUACGAUGAAGAAGAUAUGGAAGAAACAUCGGCAAGAACAGUUUCUAUGGAAGUAAAAACUGACAAGGAGGAAAAAGAUGAAGGAGAAUGGGAUAAAGAGAAAAAGGAGGCUGUGUUAUCAGAUAGAGAUGAUGGAGAAGUGGAUGAUGAUGAUGAUUGUGAAGAAGGUGAAAUACGUGAACCCGGGAGCAAGAAACCAUUCCAAAAGCCACUUUGUCGAUUCUUUUCUAAAGGUCACUGUACAUGGGGUGCUUCCUGUAGAUUUUUACAUCCAGGAGUCAAUGAUAAAGGCAAUUAUCGGCUAAUUGAGCGUCCUGGUUUCAACAAUGGAUUUGGAAUGACCACCACUAUAAGAGGAAGGAGGCCACCUUUUGGAGCUGCUGCACCAUGGGUACCUGAUGUUCCACUUAUACCAGAUAUACCACCUCCAAGAGAAGAGCCUCCUGCUGAAACUGCAUGGGAAAGAGGUCUUCGCUAUGCAAAAGAGUUGAUGAAGAAAGCUAUUCAGAGAAAAGAGCAAGAAACUAACUUUGAAGAAAAACGCUUAAACCUUGGCUUAGAGGAAGAGAGGGAACAGAAUAAAGAAAAUGAACAGAAACGUAUUAUGAAAGAUCCUUACUAUGAUUUGGAAGAUGAAGAUGAUUAUUAUAAGACACAUGUACAUGGCUGGCAAACAGGACAGUAUGAAAACUUUGAAGUUCGCUGGACAAGAGAACCUGAUCAUAUCAACAGUGCAUAUCAUGGGAGUAGAGAACGGGAAAGAGAGCGCCAUCCUGCUCUUCUCCCCACCAGGGAAGUACAGCGACAACCAUAUGGCUCACCAGUGGAGCGAUUAGAUCGUAUGGAUAGAUUAGACAGAGUGGAAAGAAUUGAACGCAUGGACAGAAUGGAAAGAAUUGAGAGGUAUGUCAUUAGAAUUAACUUCAACUUGAUAAUUAUGAAGAUUCAUCAUCAUCGUUUAACAUCCGCUUUCCAUGCUAGCAUGGGUUGGACAAUGUGGCUUCAGAGAAAAUGGGCAUCUUUUGAUGAAAGUUUAUACAAAUACCUUUCAAACAGCAUAGAUUACGAUUAUAAAGUCAUUUGUGAGGAAAAUUUUUUCCAAGGGAGUGGGGAGAGGAGUUUUGGUAAAACAGAAUUUCGGUCGAAAUCUCCAAAGAGCAAACGUCGUAAUUCACCUUCUCGUAGCUGGUCCAGAGGCAGGCGGCGUACUCGACGUUCAUAUAGUGUGUCUUCAUACUCCUCAAGGUCCUCGUCUUACUCUUCCUACACUAGUCGGUCAUCAUACAGCCGGUCUUCAUCAUAUAGUUCAAGAUCAUCUCUAUCUAGAUCAAGGUCUCGUAGUAUUCCUGCAUCGGCUAAAAGACCUGUUCCACAAAAGUUACCUCCGUCUUCAAAUACUGAAAAGAAAUUGCUUCCCAAAGCCAGUGAAGCACCAAAGAGUGCUGUGACUGUUAGAUCUAAAAUGCAUGUAAGUCCAGAAAAACGAAAAAUCCCUGGAUCUCAGCCUACUGGGGGAUUGCCUUCAAAACAACCCCCUCUUCUAGAUAGGGGUCGAAGAAAGGAACGUGUGUCUCCACGACUCACCCGGAGCUGGAGUGGCAGUUCAAGUGGCAGUAGUUUAUCACAUUCACUGUCCAGAUCUCACUCUUUAUCCCGUUCAAGAUCCCGUUCACAAAGUCGGUCUUCAUCAUCAUCCUUUUCACGGUCUCGCAGUGCUAGUAGCAUUUCAUCUCUUAGCAGCACAGGUUCAUCAAGUUCUAGUGGAAGUGCUGAUUCAGAGCAUCUUUACCGUGAUAUUGCCAGUCCAGCAAGUUCCCGUGGCAAAUCACCUUCACACAGACUUAAAGAGAAAGAAAGAAACCGUCAAAAAAUAGUACGAAGUAGUAAGCCAUCAAAUAGUCAAAUCUCAUCAAAACCACACACUGGCCAGCCUGUGCCGUCAAAAACUCAAAAGCCAGAAAGUAGGCAAGGUGGGCAACAACAACAACAACAACAACAACAGCAACAACAACAACAGCAGCAGCAGCAGCAGCAACAGCAACAACAACAGCAACAACCUCAUCACCACCACCACCAUCAUCACCAUCAUCAUGCUGCAGCAGAGUCAUCUGCGACCACAAGAACCACAAGUACAGGGCCACCUAGUAGUACUUCAGUUUUAUCCAGCAAAACUAAAGAUCCCUUAAAAAUUGUUGGACAGAAAUCUAACAUUAAACUAACUCUCAUCAGCAAGCCUUCUGAGAAGGAAUCAACUGCCCAGAGUAGAAAAAGAUCUGCAGAUACUAGUGUAGCAUCUUCCGCCAAAAGACAGGCACUAACUGCUUUAUCCUCUAAGCCACCAGACAAACCUACGAAAGCUCAACUAAACAGAACAGAGAAGUCAGAAGCUGUUCUACCACGAAUUAAAUCAGCCCCUAUAAUGCAACCUUCUUCUAUGCAGUCUAACUCAGUUCCCCCUGCUAAAACAAGUGCAAAAGCUUUCUUACCUUCUUUGAAACCUGGACUCCCAAGAACUGGUGCCAUAUCCAUUAGCAGCAGUGGAGCCUCAUCUGUGAGCUCAGCUCCUGCUGUUGUUACUACUGCUGCUGCUACUAGUGCGAGUGCUGCUGCCCCUGUUGCUGCUGUCACAGGUGCAGCUGCCACGAAGGCGAAAAAGAGUACAUCGUCACGUCGAGAGGAGCUUCUGAAACAAUUGAAAGCUGUUGAAGAUGCAAUUGCCAGGAAGCGAGCGAAAAUGAAUUGAUGAUAUCCAUUCCACUAGGUUAUUACUUGUAUAAAUGUGUGAGUUAAUAAAGGGUGGCGAUGGUGGUGAAGUGAAGUACUUUUUUUUUUUUAAAUAAAAAAAAAACAAGAGUAAGAAACAAAAAAUCUUAAACAACUGUCUUAAAUAUCCUUGCUCCUCUCACAUACAGAAUUUUCUUUUCUUUUAUUGAUUUCCAAGUUGGUGAUAGUAAAAAAAAAAAAAUGAAAAAAAAAAGAAACCUUUCCUUUCAUGUUUCUCCAAACUCAUGAUUUAGUUUUCACAAUUAUCGUGAUCGUAAUCGUCUUUUAUUCACAUCACAUUUUCUCAACUUGAUUUACUUUGUGAUUUUUUUUUUUUUUUGCAGAUUGAUACAUGUGUGUAAGUGUGUGUGUCUGUCUGUCUGUCUGUCUUUUUGUCUAUCUGAGUAUUAUUGUUGAGGAGGAUGUAGGCUUGAGUAGAAAGCCAAAACACAGAAGAAAAAAAUGAAAUCUCUUGUUAGGAGCACUUAAUGAAAUUGAUUCACAAAAGACUGUUGACAGCUGACUUCUGUAUUAGAAAAUGUUUUGUUUUGAUAAGUAACAUAAGCAACCAGUCUCAGGUUGACAGUUUAUAUAUAAAAAAAGUAAUAGUACAGAUUUUUACUUAAAAACCUUUGAUUUUGACUUUGAAAAUAGUGAGUCUUGUUUGGUAUUUUAUUUUCAUGGUUAGCUGACAAAUGCAACAGUACUCUUGUUAUUGUGUAGUUACUUUUGUAGGUGUAUUUUAAAUGGGUACCAUUUGUUUUAUACAUUAAGGUAUCAAAAUAUUCAUAUUGAUUUCUUUGGGGCAGAUUGCAAUUUUACUGGAAAUAUUUAAAAUGCUCAUAUUAAUUCUACAAAUAUAGCCAUCCCACCCAUUUAAGAAUAUAAAAAUUAGCAUAAAACAACUAUAUAUGUAGAUAUAUAUAUAUAUAUAUGUAUGUAUGUAGAUAUUUAUGUAUAUAUAUAUAUAUAUAUAUAUAUGUGUAUAUACAUGUAUUUAUGUAUAUAUAUGUGUGUGUAUAUGUAUUUAUGUAUAUAUGUAUUUAUGUGUAUAUAUAUGUGUGUGUGUAUAUAUAUGUAUGUAUACAUUUAUGUAUAUGUAUGUAUACACAUAUAUGAAUUGUUGUGAUAUUUUGUUUUAUUUUAUAUGAGUCACUUCUGUUAAUGCUCUUUGUUGUUUGAAUUAUUAAUCUAGGUUUUGAAAUAACCUGUAAAGACUUUAAAUCAAUAAGUAUUGUUUUGUUUCAGCAUUUUCAAUGUGAUAUGGGUUUUUUUUAUAGACCAUUGCUUCCCAAGAGAGAUAUAAAUUUUAUUUGUUCAGCCUUUCUCUUUGAUAUGAGAGAAGCUGCUAUCUUAAGUUUUAUUUAUUGUAAAAAAUAUUUUUCAUUUGUUUUCAAGGUGGUGCUGAUAGAUAACACUUUGUAUGCAUGUCUGUAAAAAAGGACCCAUGUUCUAGGAAGAAACUAAUGGGAUUGAUACUGAUAUUGUUUAAUUAUAAGUUUUUAUUUUGGGAGAGACCGAGAAAACAAAUCACAUACAAUAUUUUAGUAAGUCGAACUCUAACACUGUUAUUGAAUCUUUAAAAUCCCUUUUCUCUUGACAUUUUGCUAAUUAAUAAGUAGUUUUAUGAGAAUUAUGUAUCAUUAAGCUACAUUAUAUUUUAGCAUGUCAGCUGAUAAAACUGAACUGCUCUAAAUGAAGAUUAGCUGUUCUGAUGACUUGGUGAAAUCCUGAGGGUUUUUUUUUCCGGUUAAUCUGUCUGAAUUCUAUCACUUUAACUUAGAUAAUAGUUCUCAAAUGCAUUAUUUUACUAACCUCAAUCUCAAAGUUUUCUAUUUACUUCAGUUUUGCUUCAAGUCAUAUUAGUUUGUAUUGAUUUUAAAAAAAUGACUCAAAAUUCAUUAUUUUGAUCUUUUAAAUUAAUUCCGUUUAUUUUUCUUUAUGAAUUAUCUGCUGCAAGUUUUCACUACUGUUUUAUAUUCAUCAGUCUUAAAUGAUUUAAGUUCACUUUUGUUAACAUGGUACAACAUUAUAUUUCCAUUAAAUCCAUAUUAGUCUAUUAUUCAUUUCCAUGAUAAAAUAAAUUAUGUUAGAAUUGCAUUUCAUUUUUUGCAGAAAUGAAGUUUCGUGGUGACUAAAUAAAUAUAGUUGUGCCAAAAAUCUAACGAUUCAGACCAAAGAGUUUCUAAAACUUAAAAAUUGCAACAGGAAUGUUAAUUAACCUUCGUUAUUUUGGCAAAAUUAGUUUAGUUACUCUGUGUCUAGUUUUAUAUGGUAGCUGUUCAAAGAAUCCAUGUAAUAUUGUCAUUUAAUUUUUUUCUCACUGCACUUUCAACGGUUCUGUUAUAAUUUCAUAAUUUGAAAUAAUUCUUUCCCAAUAACAAAGGUGUUUCCGUUACUUAAACCUUCCCCACCUAAUUUUUCCUUUUUUCUUUAUAUACAAUUAAGUUAUUUAUUGUGUGUUCUCCUUUUACACUUGGUCUUCUCUCCCUCAACAUAUAAAGAAAUAUACCAUGAUCAAGCUGUUCUAAGAUUUUCAGUUGUCAUCACAGGAAAUCUGUUAAACACUUAGAACAAUGUGAUCAUUUAUGCGUUUUAUAUAUAUACAUGUAUAUAUAUAUACAUACAUACGUAUAUAUAUAUAUAUAUAUAUAUAUAUAUAUAUAUAUAUAUAUAUACAUAUACAUACAUACGUAUAUAUAAAUGUUUGCUCACAUGGCAACGCUUUUAAGCUGUCAUACAUUCUUCCACUUUGUUCCAGUACUGACCAGUGAAUCAGUACUUUAGAUAUUGGUAUUACUGUUGCUAUGUACUGUAAAUAUAUACAUAUAUUUUUUUUUUUAUUUUGCUAAAAGAUUAAAAUGACUGUUUAGGUCAUUUUUAUCUGAAUCAGGGAAUGAUGAUUGAAAAGAAAAGAAAAAAAGAAAAAAAAAACAACCAAACAAACAAAAAACAUGGAUUUAGAGGGGAAACCUAAAUUUGUAAAUAAUUUUCAUUCUGUAGUGAAAGUUUAAUAUAUGUUUCCUUUGUCAGGAAAAGAUAAUAAUCUCAUUACUAUUUGGAUUGCAAAGUGUAAAUACCUGUUUUAAUACAAUAAAAAUGUAAUAUAAAAAAAA